UGGAGGAGUCCCAAAAUGAUCUAGUGGCUAAGAUGACGCAAUUAUUGAAGGGAGUAGAUAAGGGUAAAGGUCCUGUGAUUGUUAGUGAAGAAGAAAACAAUGGUGAACCACUUUAUCCUCCAGGUUUCACGCCUCCGCAUGCGCAAGUACAGACUGAGCUGCAUCCGCGGAGACCCUCUGUGUCGGUUAGGCCCCAGCAGUUCCAAGGCGAUGCUUCAAUCCCAAUGAAUUUUCAACCCGGAGCGGGCUCUAAUCCCGGUGAUAGCCCGAAUAAUAUUGUUGUCCCAGAUCUUGAUGAGAUGGUUGAAAAGGACAAGGCGAAGGAGGAAUUUCCAAAACAAUUUGAGGAGAAAUGGAAAUGGAUAGAAGAGAAGUUUAGGGCAAUAGAAAGCAUCGAAAGCUAUCAUGGAAUAGAUGCAAAAGAUCUGAGCUUGGUUCCGGACUUGGUGCUCCCUUACAAAUUUAAGAUGCCGGAAUUCGAGAAAUACAACGGGACUAGUUGCCCAGGAUCCCAUAUUACUAUGUUUUGUAGAAGAAUGACGGGGUAUAUUAAUAAUGAUCAAUUAUUAAUACAUUGCUUUCAGGAAAGUCUUACGGGAGCGGCGUCAAAGUGGUACAAUCAGCUGAGCCGAGCUAAAAUUGCUACUUGGAGGGAUUUAGCACAGGCUUUCCUGAGACAAUACAAUCAUGUCUCAGAAAUGAUGCCUGACAGGAUAACUCUGCAAAAUUUAGAGAAGAAAUCGAACGAAAGCUUCAGACAAUCUGCGCAGAGGUGGCGAGAGGUGGCGGUUCAGGUGCAACCACCGCUUUUGGAAAAAGAGAUGACGAUGCUUUUUAUUAAUACUUUGAAAGCCCCGUUCAUCACUCACAUGUUGGGAAGCGCUUCAAAAAAUUUUUCGGAUAUAAUCAUGAAUGGUGAAAUGAUUGAGCAUGCCAUUAAAAGUGGAAAAAUAGAUGGAGGAGAAAAUAAUAGGAGGGCACCCCCGAGGAAAAGAGAAAAUGAAGUGAAUAAUGUGAAUGCUUAUGGUAGGUCAAUUACCGUGAAUCAACCAAAGAAAGUGGUUGCUAAUCAACAGGGAUCAUCAAGACAAGAGUCGGGAGCUAGGCAAACUACUGAAAAGCCCCAAUUCACGCCAAUCCCGAUGUCAUACAAGGAGUUGUAUCAGACUUUAUUCGAUGCACAUGUUGUUGCUCCUUGUUACUUGAGUCCUCUACAACCCCCGUAUCCAAAAUGGUAUGAUACGAACGCGCAAUGUGAUUAUCAUGCGGUAAUUUCUGGGCACUCGAUAGAAAAUUGUACUGCUUUCAAGAAGGUAGUAGAAGGACUUAUCAAAUUAGGUGUUGUCAAACUUGACGACUCACCUAACGCAAAGAAUCCGUUACCUAAUCACGCAGAUAAGGGGGUGAAUAUGGUUAGCGAAGAUUCUGAGGAAGGGCAUGAGAUGGGAAAUUAUUGUGAAUUUCACCAUAAAACAGGGCAUGAAAUCCAAGAAUGUGAAGGAUUCAAGGCUUUGGUUCAAAGCAUGAUGGAUAACAAGGAGAUGAGGUUUUAUGAAGAUGCGAAAGAAAUGAGGAGCAUAUGCGCGACAGAGUUGGGAACAAAAGCUCCAAAAAUAAAUCAUCCUGUGGUCAUUAUCUCACGCCCUAAGGGUAAUGAGGUUAGGGCUCAGGUAACACCAAAAAUUGUAAUCCAGAAACCAUCAAAUUUCUCUUAUAGGGAUAACAAAAUGGUGCCGUGGAAUUACGGGUGUAAUGUGACCAUUUUGGGAAAAGAAGCAGAAAGAAAUCAGGAAAUAGGUUCUUACACGCGCAAUGGAAAAAGACAUGACGCUCAAGCAGAGUCGUCCAGGGAAGAGAAUUGGAAGAAAGAACAGAGGAAAGGGAAAGCAGUAGAAGUUGAGCCAUUGGUAAAUGAACCAAUAAAAGAAGAGGAGGCAAAGGAGUUUUUGAAGUUUCUGAAACACAGUGAAUACAGUGUUGUGGAGCAACUGCACAAACAGCCAGCCCGCAUUUCUGUAUUAGCUUUACUCCUAAACUCAGAAGUACAUCGGAAUGCACUUUUAAAUGUGCUAAACGAAACAUAUGUGGCUGACGAUAUUUCGGUAAACAAGCUGGAUCGGUUGAUCAACAAUAUUGGUGCUGACAAUUUUAUCUUCUUCAAUGAUGAUGAAAUACCAUCCGGAGGAAGAGGUUCUACUAAAGCCCUGCAUGUUACUGUCCGAUGCAAAGGGUACACACUCCCGGGGGCCUUGGUUGAUAAUGGAUCUGCACUGAAUGUAUUGCCUUUGUCCACUCUUAGUCGAAUACCAAUAGACAGUUCGCACAUGAAAGCAUGCCAGAGCAUAGUAAGGGCAUUUGAUGGAACAAAAAAGGAGGUUAUGGGGAGAAUUGAGGUACCAUUAAGGAUUGGCCCAGUCACUUAUGAGGUGGAUUUCUUGUUAAUGGAUAUUAAACCUUCCUACAACUGUCUAUUGGGGAGACCAUGGAUACACUCAGUAGGGGCAGUACCUUCAUCAUUACAUCAGAAGGUGAAGUUGGUAUCGGAGGAUCGGUUGGUAACAAUAGAUACAGAGGAGGAUAUUAUCGCAAUGAGGACUAGCGAUGCACCUUAUGUGGACAUCAACGAUGAGGCACUAGAAUGUUCUUUUCGGUCGUUAGAAUUUGUGAACGCGAUGUUUAUUGCGGAGGGAAAUAGAAUUCCAAUAUCGAAAAUAUCCAGGACCACUGAGAUGGGAUUGCGAUUGAUGGUAGGAAGAGGAGCCUCACCCGGGAAAGGAUUAGAAAAAUAUCUUCAGGGAAGGAUUGAGGCACCAAUGCCGAAGGAAAAGUUUGAUAGAUUUGGUUUAGGAUACAAGCCAGACAUGAAGCAGAAGAAGAAAGAAGUAGAGAAGAGACAAGAGAAAAGAAGGGCGCGUUUGAAUGGACAUGAAGCUAAGUGUGAGCCUUUAACCUUUCCCCACAUAUCUACAUCUUUUGUGUCGGGAGGAUUUAUUCAUUCUGAAUGUGGAGUGUCCGGUAGCGGCAUGGGAGGAAUGUUGGAAAAUGUUUAUACCAACGCCAUAGAAGCAACGGAAAGGAGGGCCUUGUUGGAGAUCUGCCCUUAUGAGCCUGGAAGCGAGCUAAACAAUUGGACUGCUGAAGAAAUCCCUGUAGUCUUUAGGGCUUAUUCAGAGUCUUCAGAUAUCAAUGACAUGAGUGACGCUGCCUCAAACGCGGAGCCUAUUUUUGAGCAAGAAGUGUGUUUAGAGGGAUCCCACGACUUUGAAAAUGACGAAGAUUAUGAUGCAUCUCCGGACUUGUUAAGAAUGGUGGAACAAGAGGAUAAGCAUAUCCUACCUCAUAGGGAAUCAUUAGAAAUAGUGAGCCUAGAGGAUGGAAAGGAGGUGAAAAUUGGAACUGAAAUCACCGCAAAGACAAGGCAAGACCUCAUUAAUUUGCUCCGAGAGUUCAAAGAUGUUUUCGCGUGGUCGUACCAAGAUAUGCCUGGGCUAAGUACUAACAUUGUGGUGCAUCGUCUGCCCAUAAAGGAGGAUUGUAAACCCGUUCAACAGAAGCUCAGGAGAAUGAGACCUGACAUUGUGUUGAAAAUAAGAGAAGAAGUCAAAAGACAAUUCGACGCUGGAUUCUUACAAGAGGUCAAGUAUUCGGAUUGGGUAGCCAACAUCGUCCCUGUUCCCAAAAAAGAUGGAAAGGUACGAAUGUGUGUGGAUUAUAGGGAUUUGAACAAGGCUAGUCCAAAGGACAACUUUCCACUGCCCCACAUUGAUACUUUGGUAGAUAACACGGCGGGCUAUUCAUUGUUUUCUUUCAUGGAUGGUUUCUCUGGAUACAAUCAAAUAAAGAUACAUCCUGGAGACAUGAGGAAAACCACAUUCAUUACCUUAUGGAGAACAUUCUGUUACAAGGUAAUGCCCUUCGGAUUGAAGAAUGCGGGAGCAACAUAUCAAAGAGCUAUGGUGACUUUGUUUCACGACAUGAUGCACAAGGAGAUCGAAGUCUAUGUUGACGAUAUGAUCGCAAAGUCUAGAACGGAAGAAGAGCAUGUUCAGGUCAUGAAAAGGUUAUUUUUGAGAUUAAAGAAAUUUCAGCUCAAGCUUAACCCGGCCAAAUGCACGUUUGGAGCCAGAUCAGGGAAGUUAUUAGGCUUCAUAGUUAGCAAAAAGGGGAUCGAGGUUGACCCAGACAAAGUAAAGGCAAUACGAGAUUUACCUCCCCCGCGCACUCAGAAGGAGGUGCGAGGUUUCCUAGGGAGGCUGAAUUACAUUGCUCGGUUCAUCUCACAACUGACAGAGAAAUGUGAUCCAGUAUUCCGGCUCUUAAAGAAACAUAAUCCGGGUGAAUGGGAUGAAGAGUGUCAGAGGGCUUUCGAUAAGGUAAAGCAGUACUUGGCUAAUACUCCAGUCUUAUCACCUCCAAGUCCAGAUAGGCCAUUGAUAUUGUAUCUAACAGUGUUGGAGAAUUCCAUGGGAUGCGUAUUGGGCCAACAUGAUGAGACGGGAAAGAAAGAAAGGGCAAUAUACUAUCUCAGUAAGAAAUUUACCGAUUGCGAAAUGAGGUACUCAUUAAUUGAGAAGUUGUGUUGUGCUCUAAUCUGGGCAACCCGAAGACUGAGGCAGUAUAUGUUGUAUCACACGACUUGGCUGAUUUCAAAGUUAGAUCCUUUAAAGUAUAUGAUGGAAUCGACUGCUUUGAACGGGAGAAUGGCUAGAUGGCAGAUCUUGCUCUCAGAAUUUGAUAUAGUAUAUGUCAGUCAGAAGGCCAUAAAGGGAAGUGCAAUAGCCGAUUUCCUAGGUAGUAGAGCCUUGGAGGACUAUGAAUCUUUGAAUUUCGAUUUUCCAAACGAGGACUUGAUGUAUGUGGCGAAUACUGAAGAAAAUCCUCAAAUGGAUCACGUAUGGAAGUUAAAUUUUGAUGGAGCUUCAAAUGCUACGGGUAAUGGAGUUGGGGCAGUUUUGGUAUCCCCAAGUGGAGAUCAUUAUCCUGUUGCUAGCAAGUUGGACUUCGAUUGUACAAAUAAUAUGGCAGAAUAUGAAGCAUGUAUUAUGGGCAUUCGUGCAGCCAUUGAACGGAACAUCAAAGUGCUGAGAGUAUACGGGGAUUCAGCGUUGGUGAUAUACCAACUCAAAGGGGAGUGGGAGACUAGAGAUCCUAAGCUAAUCGGUUAUAGAAAACUAGUUCUCGAAUUGGCUGAAGAGUUUGACGAUAUCACCUUCUAUUACCUCCCACGGGAGGAAAACCAAAUGGCUGAUGUAUUAGCUACUCUAGCUUCGAUGAUUCAGGUGAAUAGACUUGAGGCAAUGAGGCCUGUUCAGAUGAGUAUCUCUGAGACCCCGGCUAAUUGCUGCAAUAUUGAGGAGGAGGGAAAAGAUGAUUGUCCUUGGUAUCAGAGUAUCCUACAAUAUGUGAAGAAUCGGGAAUACCCUGAUCAAGCGACAGAGAAUGACAAGAGAACUCUGAGAAAGAUAGCCAUUGAAUAUGUCUUAGAUGGAGAAGUGUUAUAUAAAAGAAGGAAGGAUCUAGUACUGUUAAGAUGUGUGGAUGCUGUGGAAGCCAAGAAAAUUUUGGAAGAAGUCCAUGAGGGUAUUUGUGGAACGCACGCCAGUGGUUUCACGAUGGCCAGACAGAUCAUGAGAUUUGGGUACUAUUGGCCCACCAUGGAAGGAGAUUGUAUUGAUCAUGCCAGGAAGUGCCACAAAUGCCAAAUUUACGGAGACAAAAUACACGCGCCUCAUUCACCUCUUCACGUCAUGACCUCUCCUUGGCCGUUUUCCAUGUGGGGUAUGGAUGUUAUUGGGCCAAUAUCACCAAAGGCUUCUAAUGGGCAUCGUUUCAUCUUCGUAGUAAUUGAUUACUUUACCAAGUGGGUGGAAGCUGCUUCAUAUGCAAAUGUCACGAAAGCAGUAGUCAGCAAAUUCUUGAAGAAGGAGAUCAUUUGUCGAUAUGGAAUGCCUGAGAGGAUCAUAUCCGAUAAUGCGAUGAACUUGAAUAAUAGCACAAUAGCUGAGGUUUGUAGCCAAUUUAAAAUUAAGCAUCAUAACUCAUCGCCGUAUCGUCUAAAAAUGAAUGGUCCAGUGGAGGCGGCCAAUAAAAACAUUAAAAGGAUUGUGGGGAAAAUGACUGAAACCUACAAGGAUUGGCAUGAGAAAUUAUCAUUUGCUCUCCUUGCCUAUCGAACAUCUGUUAGAACUUCUACUGCAACGUCUUUUUCUCUGGUUUAUGGAAUGGAGGCAGUAUUACCCAUUGAAGUUGAAAUCCCUUCUCUACGGGUGUUAUCUGAGCUACAGUUGGAUAAAGCCUAAUGGAUCCAAUCUCGGUACGAUCAGUUGAACCUAAUAGAGGAAAAGAGGCUAAGAGCUAUUCACCAUGGGCAAAUGUACCAGAAACGAAUGAUGCGAGCCUAUAAUAAAAAGGUUCGCCCCCGAGAAUUUCGUGAAGGGGACUUGGUACUAGAAAAGAUUCUUCCUAUGCAAAAAGAUUUUAGAGGAAAAUGGAUGCCAAAUUGGGAAGGCCCUUAUGUUGUAAAGAAGGCCUUUUCUGGUGGAGCUUUGAUCCUAUGCGAGAUGAAUGGCAAAAGUUUACCAAAUCCUGUAAACGCAGACUCCGUCAAGAAAUACUUCACUUGA